AAAGUUUCAGCAAAUGCUUGGAUUGUUUUCAGUUUUUCGGUCCAUAUGUUUUUGUUUUUUUUCCAUUUUUGGUAAAACAUUUUAAAGCAUAUAUUGAAUAUCUGUGUAAUAUACUCGUAUAUCUUGUGUUUUUUUAAAGGUGGCUGGAAUAACAACCCUAAUGCCGGCCAGUUCAAAUACAUCUUCAGAAAGCUGAUGGCCCAGUGUGGAGUUGUUAAACCAUGCGGAGGCAAUGUGACUGCACAGGAUGAGACAGAGUCCCUAUCAGCGGUCAUCGACACCUCUACAAGCCUGUCAGCUGUAGAUAUGUCCUCUCUAGCAGGAGAAGAUCUUCCAUCCCCGUUUGCUGACAUUCCUGCCCUAGUACAUGACCACAGCUACCUUCCCGUCCGCUAUGAUGGUCUUGUGGACAACGCUCUCGUGUACAUUUCAGGAUUUGUUGUGAGACGGGCUCUGAAGAAGCUGUCCUGUGAUGUCUGCCGUGCCAGCCUGGUGACAGACGCUGCAUCUGCCAUCAAGGACCAGAGCUACCACCUGCUGUGUCUAAGAAACAAUGGAGGCCUGGUGAUUCCAUCAGAGGGCACAGUGAGGGUCGUCAGGGCAGCAGAGUGGGUCAUUCGCCAGGCAUCAGCUAGUUUCAGACGAUCACAGCCCAUCAAACUGCUAGAGGUCUUGUACAUUGUACGUAAGAGGAUCGGGUCAGAGGAUGUGUUUGUGCUCAGGGAGCACAUCGGCGACACGCAGUAUGGCAUAGACAGCCGCCACCAUACGCUGCUAACACUAGUUGUGUCCUUGUUUUUUAAGCUAAGUCUACACCACAUCGCUAAAAUGACUACACUAAGCUUACAGAGCAACAACAUGCGACAGAAGCUCAAUAAAACAGUCCUUUUCAAAGGGCAUUAG